UUCUAGCUGAAAAGUCAACACAUUUCUAAAAUGAUUCUGCAUACAUGAUGACAUCCACGAUUUCCGGAAGGUCAAGGCAGUCAUAAAAUUCUUCCUAUGCAGUCGAUACAAAGAGUUGCCGUUUUCUUUCUCUCCUCUCUCGUUUUCCUGGUUUUGGUGGUGUUGUAUUUGGACAAAGUUAGGGAAACAGAUCACAUACAACCACCAAUAGCAGAUCAUAUCUCAAGAAGGCAUCGAGCAAACGCUGUCAAGAUGUCAGGGACAGAUUCAGAAUUGAAUCCGUUUACAUGGUUGGACUACACAAUCUUCUCUGCCAUGUUGGCAGUCUCUGCCUUCACAGGAUUAUAUCAUGCCUGCGUCGGAGAGGGACAAAAGUCAACUGCAAAGUUUUUGAUGGCUGAUCGUAGUAUGAUGAGCAUCCCAGUAGCCAUCUCCGUCAUCGCAUCCUACCUCUCAGCAAUCACCAUCUUAGGUAUCCCUUCCGAGGUCUUCACCUACGGCAUCCAAUACUGGAUGGUCAUCUGGAGUUUCUUUAUCGCCAUACCGGUCACUGCGAUGAUCUUCAUUCCUGUGUUCCACGGAUUGGGAUUGACCAGUGCGUACGAUUAUCUUCACAAGCGAUUCAGCCCGUUGGUCCGAUCUAUCGGAGCCUUGCUGUUCAUUCUUCAGACUCUGCUGUACUUAGCUGUGGUUCUUUAUGCUCCAGCACUAGCUCUAGAAGCAGCGACGAAAUUUCCAGUGUUCGCUACCGUAAUGACAACUGGAGCGAUCUGCACAAUUUAUACUGCCUUGGGCGGAAUAAAAGCGGUCAUUUGGACCGAUGUAUUUCAGUUCAUCGUUCUUUUUGGUUCACUGGUAACCAUCACCAUCAUGGGUAUCAUUCAGGCAGGAGGCAUGAAGUAUGUGUGGGACUUUAACUACGACCGGGGACAUCUUAACUUCUUCGACUUUUCACCCGAUCCGACUCAUCGAUUAUCUUUCUGGGGGUUAAUCAUCGGAGGGAAUUUCAACACGCUGACCGUUUGGGCAGUCAGCCAAGUGUCUGUCCAGAGAUUUCUGACUGCCAAAAAUCUUAAAGAAGCCAAAAAGUCGGUUUGGUUCGGUCUACCAGGCACCGUCAUUGUCUUAUCACUAGUGGGCCUCAUUGGAAUGGUCUUAUUUGCAUAUUACAACAAUUUUGUUACUCCAUUGAACCCUUCCCUGAAUGCAACGGUAGCAACUACGGCGGCCGGGAACGGACAUCAACCACAUUACACACCAAACUUCAAAAGUUCUGAUCAGAUUCUGGUGUAUUUUGUGAGUAUGGAGUUUGGAAAGAUACCAGGCAUUCAAGGUCUGUUUGUGGCUUGUCUCUUCGCUGGUACCCUCAGUACCGUGUCAUCUGGACUUAACGCCCUCGCUGCCGUCACCUUAAUGGACAUAAUCCGACCCUGGAGGGGCGGUAGUAAAAGCCGAGCCGAGUCGACAGUCAGCGAAGAAAUAACGACCAACGCUACCGAGAGUACAUCAACCUCAAACUCAACGCAAAGUGCUGUUGCUGUCAAUCAAGCACAGGACAGAUGCGAUACCGUCAUUUCUAAAUUACUAACUGCAGGAUAUGGCGUCGUAUCCAUUGCUCUUGCGUUCAUCGCGUCUAAACUUGGCAGUCUGGUGAAGAUGGCCAACACAGUACUAGGAGGUAUAGGGGGACCACUCCUUGGUGUCUUCUCAUUAGGAAUGUUGUAUAGACGAGCAAAUACAGGCGGAGCUCUGAUUGGGAUGCUGGUUGGGUUUUAUUUUUCUUUAUGGGUCACAAUAGGAGCAGCAAUAAACCAAGAUGAGAACGGGAAUGUUAAAGAGGAUGCAUUUGCUUUGUACAGGAUAUCGUUUAUGUGGUAUAGUGCCUUUACCAGCUUGGCUACCUUCGUAGUUGGGGUCAUUGUCAGUGAGAUCAUAAGAUGUUCAAUUCCUGAUGAGAGAUACAAACGAGUGGAUCCUCUCCUCUUAGCCACGUUUUUACGGCCAAAGGGUUGGCAUAAAAUCUCCACAGGCACUGAGUCCCACAACCCUGACCUUCAGAUUGGCGAUCCGGUGUUUCAAAGUUUAUUGGCAUCCAAUAAUCAUACCAUGGACCAGGAGAAUGAGUCGCUUCUCGGUGACCUCGAAGGAAAUGACAUCCAUGAGUUGGGAAAAAAUGAAGAAAUUUCUCCAACUUGAGUGGUAAGAAAUCAUUCAGCCUCAACUCGCCAUUUCCACCCAAAUUCCUUUCUUGAAAGUGCACUCUUGCCCUUUUUCAUCCAUAAUAAUUUCAAGUUUAUUUCAUUCGUUAAAAUAAAACACUUUUAAGUGUUUUACCUGGAGGAAUCAUUACCCAUUUUGUUGUAAAUAAUUCCCAAAGGAAUUGUUUACCUUAUCAAAAGUUCCUUUUUGUGUAUCUGAGGUAAAUUUCAUAAGUCAGCUCAGCCGUUGAUUUCACCAAACUCUUCCUUACUUAGGAUUAAUUUUGGGACUUAGGACAAGUAAAGUUCCGUAGGCAUUGAACAUAGGCAUUGAACCCAUCCUAAGUUAGGAGGGGUUACUCGUCCUAACUCCAGAUAGGAUUAAUCCUAGCGUUUCGUGAAAUCAGCCGCAGGUUUUUUAUGUACAAUGUAUGUGCUUGUACCAUGAAUGUGUACUUCAGUUGUUAACAUACACAAUGUGAACCAUCAUCAAGAAAAACAAGCUCUAAGUGGCCAUUUGUGUCCCCCCCCCCCGAAAUUGUUUUGAUCAACCUACCAACCUAACCUCAAUUUUUUAAGCUAAUGGUUUGCUUUACCUUUAAAUUGGACGGGUAUCAGUCAGAUCUGUUCAUUGCAUCCUUAAACAGCAUUUUAGUCUGUGACCUUGCUCUGCUUAGCAAGUGUUUUAUGUGCUCAGCGCCAUUGGGCACUUUGCCCCUCUAUGAAGUUUAUCUUGGGAAUUGUACCCGGUGCCAUGUGCUAUGGUGUUUUUGGGUGUUUUUUUGGGUAGUCGGGCUUAAUGCUACGUGGAGGAAAAAGCACUCCGUCUUAGUGCUAAAAACAGAAGUCAAGUACCCGGAUUUCAAACAUGUGCGAAGUUUCACUAACGUAUGCAUGCGUACUAAGUUUAAUGAUCACUCAUGUGUGCUGACUAUAUCUUAUGCAGUAUUCAUAAAUACCCCAGACAGUUCUGUUUAGCUACUGCUAUUGGUGGAGAGCGUGUCACGUAGGGGUGUUUAUACGGUUGAUAAUGACCAGCUGGAGCUUUUUAAGACUGGCUGGCUUCCCGUUUUGGGCGCGCAAGCUCAUAUACGCCACCCCGGGCGCACACCACCCGAGGCGCACAUAACAAAAGAAAAAAAGUGGCAGAUUAUCUAGAAUUGUGAUACUGUUUCGCCUUUUGACAAAAGGGCAUUUAUAAAUUGGAAUAAUAGAGUAGUGACUCGUUCUUAAAUGGUCCUUUAUCGAUCGGCCUCGUCGCUACCCUUUUAUUCCCUUAAUUAAUACACAAUGAUGUGUUGAGCGCAUAAUUGGUGGAAAGAUUGUCUGACAGCUGGGUAUAGUUUGACUUCAUUAAUUAGUGCUUACUGCCUUGCCUCCAUACCCCGGGUCAUCCUUGGUGUCUUUUGAAAUGUUCCUUUGUAUUUUUUAGUUUCCCUUUUCACUAUUGGUAAUUACUCAAAAUAACUGUUACCAUACAAACUUACUUGGUUACAAGCAAUGGAGAGCU